CAGGGGUCAAAAUUUAGAGUGCGCGUCGAAAUAUUUGUCCAUCACAAAGCGCCAGAAAAAAAAGGAAACUCAUAUUCCACCUCUGGUCCAAAUUACCAAAAUACUAGUAAAACAGGAUAUGCAUUGUUCUAAAACAAUCGCCGUGCUCCUGCUGGUUGCUGCUACGAUACUUACAACGAAAGAAUCAAAUUCGUUCAUUUUCAACCGGAAAAGCUAUCGAAUUUUGUACAAAAAGACUACAGUUAUGAGCAGCAAUAGCGGUGACAACAAAAACAGCCUCGUAUCCUCCUGCGACACAAAAGAGCCAGCCUUUCCAAAUUGCCUCCCGAAGGAGAGACUGGGUACGAGCCACGGGUCGUUGGAAGCCUUUCAUCAAGCAGUUGGAUCGGCGACGCGACCCGCAAAGAAAACUAAAGAAUAUACAUUGGUUGUCGUCACUGAAACUGUUACAGUACAAGAGACGCAGCAUAAGCACCAGCGAAUCCUUUUGGGAAUGAAAAACCGUGGAUUCGGAACCGGUAAGUUCAAUUCCUUUGGUGGAAAAUUUCUCCACGACGAAACCGGUGAUAACGAAAGGGAGUCCGUCGAGGAAUGCGCAUGCCGAGAAUUGGAAGAAGAAACGAACCUCAGGAUUCCCAUCAAGGAAAUGAUUGAAUCUAGGGUGGGGGUACAGCGGUUUACCUUCGAGGACAACGAUAAGGAAAUGCUCGUGCACCUCUAUUUCCUUGAUCUGGCAAACAGUUUCGGCGGGGAGGGAUCCGCUGCAUCCUAUGAGGUUCGGGCCUGCGACGAGAUAACUCCCCAGUGGUUUGAAUCCUUUGAUCAGGUGCCAUUCGACAAUAUGUUUGCCGAUGAUUCCCUUUGGUUGACAGCCCUGCUUUCGGCUGCGAGAUCAAGAGCAUCGAAUCCAUCCUCUGCCAAGCCAUCGCGACUGGAACCUCCCCUGCAAAUCAAUGGAUCCUAUCAUUUCAAAGAAAAUUGUGAAGAAACCAACACCAUACUUCAUUACCACAUGGACAUUCAGAGUCCAAAACGAAAUUGAGAGCGACUUGAUGCGAGAAAACAGUGAACGAUAUUCUCGAACAGACGCUCUCACGCUCUCCUGGUGCGGGGUCUCUUUGGCUCUCGUUUCUGCUCGAGGACACAGAGAGGGCGCUUACUGCAAAAAUGACCUUUGAACAGAACACGACGCUUCGUUCUUUGGUUCGAUACUAAAUCACAAUCUUAGGA